AUGUAUGAACCAUUUAGAAUGUCAUUAAUUUCAAAUAGAAAAAGACCUAGGGGUUUUAGUGAAACAUUUGAUUCAGCAACAAAAAAUGCUCAAGUUAAUAAUGAUGAGAAUAAUAGUAAUGUUAGUACAAAUUCGAAUGAUACUUCAAGUAGAUUAUUAGACGGAUUUACAAAUCCAUUUUUAUCAGUAAAUGAAGCUGAAGAUUUAAAUAAUUCGUUUGCUUUUGAAGAAGACAAUGAUGAUGAUGAUGAUUUAAUUAUACUCGAAGAGAAGGAUUUUGUAAAGAAUAAACGAAUGAAUUCAGACUCAAUAUUGGUAUAUGAUAAUGAUGCCGUGGAAGCUUAUAAUAUGUUUAAUGUGAAUAAUAUAAUUGAAACACCUUCAAAUACAAAUAAGAAAAAACAAAGAACAAAUUCAUUACCGCAAUUACCACAAGUUAAAUGCUUUUAUAACAAAUUACCAAAUAAUUAUAUAUUGCAAACUCCUAAAAUGGGUAAUGUUAAAACAAAUGUGAUACCUCAUCAGUCACAUUUAGGACCUUGUGAUGACUCGCAAGGUCAUUAUAUCAUUAAAAUUAAUGAGAUUUUUGCAAAUAGAUUUACUAUUAUUAAAUUAUUGGGUCAAGGUACUUUUGGUAAAGUUGUUCAAUGCUUUGAUAAAGUGAAUAGAGAGCAUGUUGCAAUUAAAAUUAUUCGAAAUAUUCAAAAAUAUAGAGAUGCUGCAAAAAUUGAAUUGAGAAUAUUAUCUACAUUGAAGAAAUUUGAUAAUGCAAACGAAAAUCAUUGUAUUCAUUUAAGGGAAUGUUUUGAUUUCAGGGGUCAUAUUUGUAUUGUGACUGACCUUUUAAAAAUAUCAUUAUAUGAUUUUUUGGAAGGUAAUAAAUUUUUAUCAUUUCCAGGUAGUCAUAUACAAGCAAUUAGUAAACAAGUAUUAAGGUCGGUAUGUUUUUUACAUGAUUUAAAUUUAAUACAUACCGAUUUAAAACCAGAAAAUAUUUUACUUCAUGAUGAUUCAUUUACUAAAAAACAAUUACAUUCAUCCACAAUUAUAUCAUCAUAUUUAAAGUUGGGAAAUAAUAUUAAUAAGAAAGUUCCAAAAGUUUCAAAAGUGUUGAAUAAUCCAUUAAUACAAUUAAUUGAUUUUGGUAGUGCAAUAUUUAAUGAUGAAUAUCAUUCUUCAAUAGUAUCAACAAGACAUUAUCGUGCACCUGAAAUAGUUUUAGGUACUGGUUGGUCUUACCCUUGUGAUAUGUGGUCAGUUGGAUGUAUUUUAGUUGAAUUAAUAAUUGGUGAACCAUGUUUUAAAACUCAUCAUAACUUAGAACAUUUGGCAAUGAUUGAAAAAAUAGCGGGAUAUAAAAUUGAUAAAGAAAUGGUUAAAUUAUCAAAAGAAAAAGAAAAUGAAUGUGGUUUAGAAUUCUUUACUAAAGAAUUUAUAGAAUAUUCAGAUGACGAUUCAAGUUCAAGUUCAGAUUCAGAUGAUUUAAUAAUUGAUAAUGAAUCAAGUUUUCAAAACUCAUUAUCUUUGAAAUUUCCAACUUCUACUACUCCACAAAAAUUUAUAGCUUCAGUUGAUGAGUUGUUAAGAAUUGAUUUAUUUAUAAGUUUAAGGAUUGGUUUAAAUAUUAAUUUUGAUUAUUCAUUAUCAACAAAUUUUGAAAAAAAUAAACAUGUAAUCAAUUUUGGUAAUUUUACAUUUUGGUGGUUUUUCAUUGAUUUAUUGAAGAAAAUAUUUGUCAUCAAUCCUAAUGAUAGGAUAACAGCUUUGGAGGCUUUAAACCAUCCCUGGUUUAAUUUAGGUAUUGAAGAUGAAGGAACACUUUAA